CCAUCGUAGCCAGUUAGGGGAAGAAAGAAAUGGAAAGCGUACAGCAAGUCAUCACGUGACAGUUCAUUUUGGCAGCCUGACAUAAUUGAGAACACGAUCCCUUUUAGAAGCAAGACUGAAUAGACACUGACAAGAAUAGGCAAACAUUUAAGACAUUAUGCACACGAGACAGUGAAAGGAUUUUGAACGGAUUUCCCGGUCUCUAAGAGACAAAUGGAUUAGCAAGAGUUUCUCGAGAUUCCUUGUCCUUCUCCGAUCUGCCUGACGGCCAAAAUGAGUAAGCAGAAGAUAAGCUUCUUUUGGCAAACCAGAGCCCUUCUGUGGAAGAAUUUGCUUGUCAAAUGGAGGAUAAAGAAGGAGAGCUUAUUGGAAUGGUUAUUCCCCCUGAUCCUAUUACUGCUGCAGUUCUUGUUCAUUUCAAUAUUUCCGGAACUGAAGCUGGUCCCUGAACUUCCUGCCAAAGACCUCGGAAGCAUCGACGCAUUCAGUGACCCACACUUGGUAUGUGCCUAUACGCCACUCACCCCAACGACAAAAGCGAUCAUGAAGAUAAUGGCCACUGCUUCUUUUAUGAAAGAUGCAAAAGUCAUUCCUGUUGAAGAUCUAGAAACCCUGGAUACAUACUCUCAGCAAAAUCAUUCUGAGAUUGUGGGAAUCAUCUUUAAAGAUACCUUCUCCUAUCAGCUGAAGUUUAGCUGGGGUUAUAGAGUCCCGUUCACCGAUGAAUUCAUAGAUCAUGCAGCUCAUUGCACAGAGUACGAAGAAGAAAUUUUCACAUGUGCGAUUUCGACAUUUUGGAACUAUGGUUUUAUUCCUUUCCAAGCUAGCCUUAAUGCUGCAAUUAUAGAAGUCACAACCAAUCACUCAGUGAUGAAGGAUUUGAUGUCCAUUACUGGGAUCACUAUGAAAGUCGAAUCUUUCGUUGCUCAGCAUGGAGUUAUGUAUGAUUUCUGCAUUUUCUUCUCUGUGAUUUCAUUCUCCCCCUUCACCUAUUUUCUAUCGCUCAAUGUCACUCGGGAGAGAAAACGGCUUAAGGAGUUGAUGAAGUUGAUGGGUCUUCAGGAUACUGCCUUCUGGCUGUCGUGGGGUUUGCUGUAUGCUGGUUAUGUCUCCAUCGUAGCCACCUUUCUGGCUCUGAUGACAUCCCGGUUGGUAUACACAACUGGCUUCUUCACAAUCUUUUCACUGUUUAUCCUGUAUGGCCUGUCUUUGAUUGCUCUUACUUUUCUGCUGAGUGUGUUAAUCAGGAAGCCUGUUCUUACUGGCUUGACUGUCUUCCUCCUGACCUUAUUUUGGGGAUGUUUGGGCAUUUUGAUAUUGUAUAGGAAACUUCCUGUAUCUUUGGAAUGGAUUUUAAGUUUUCUCAGUCCCUUUGCUUUCACUGCUGGAAUGGUUCAGAUGAUUCUCUUGGAUAAUGACCCUCAGGGAGAUUCCUCCCUAAUGAUGGCAACUUUUGUCAUGUUGCUUCUGGAUACUGUUCUCUAUAUGGCAUUGGCACUGUACUUUGACAAACUCCUGCCUGGUGAUUACGGGCACAGGCACUCUCCCUUGUUUUUCCUCAAGUCUUGGUUUUGGUCCCCAAACCCGAGGUCUGGACGGGUGUUCUUUGAAAACGAAAACAACCACAUCCAUUCUUCCGACGACUCCUUUGAACCUGUGUCCCCAGAAUUCCAUGGGAAAGAAGCCAUCAGAAUUAAAAACAUUAAAAAAGAAUACAAAAAGAAGGCUGGAAAAGUGGAAGCCUUGCAAGCUUUUGCCAGUUUGCACGUGAACGAAACCUGCAACUCAGAGAGAAUAACCUCACUCAUUCAACAGCAUAUCCCGGAUGCAAAGUUGGCUGGCAGAAGUGAAGAGAAACUGGUGUAUACACUGCCCUUGGAGAGGACAGAUAAGUUUCCAGGGCUCUACAGUGAUUUAGAUGGCUGUACAGACCAAGGGAUUGUUAAUUAUGGAGUUUCCAUGACAACUUUGAAUGAAGUGUUCCUGAAACUUGAAGGGAAAACAGCAGUGGAUGAAGCAGGCCCAGGAAUCCUUGGGCAGGAGCCUGGAGGCGAUGGAAGGCUCUCUGAAUCAGAGCAAGCUUCGUCAAGGCUCCCAGAGAUGAAGAGGGAAGUCCUCAGCGGCCUGGCUCUCUGGAGACAACAGUUUAGGACCGUGGCACGAAUCCGCUUCCUCAAGCUGAAGUGUGAGAGGAGACCUCUCUACAUCCUAUUUUUCAUAGUAGGGAUUUCUUUUUUGCCGCUGAUUCUGGAACAUUUACUACUGAAAAUAUUUUUUCAACCUCAUGUUUGGCCACUUAAUCCUGGUCUGUAUUUCCUUUCUUCUGGACAAAAGCCACAUGCUCAUCUCACCCAUCUCUUGAUCUUAAAUAACACAGGUUCCCCUAUUGAAGAUCUUAUACACUCUCUUGAGCGGCAGAAUAUAAUGUUGGACGUAGAUGAUUUUGCAAGUAAAAAUGGCACCUAUGAUCCCUCACACAAUGGGGCAAUUGUAGUAUCCCGGCAAGAAAUGGAUUACAGGUUCUCAGCCGUAUGUCAUACCAAGAGGAUGAAUUGCUUUGCUGUCCUCAUCAACAUAAUCAGCAAUGCGUUACUUGGGAUUCUUAACUCUACCGAACAGAUUCAAAUCCAGAGAAGCAAUUUUGUAGAGAGAGAUUUUUACUUGGGAUUUGGAACUCUUGAGAGCUCAUUUUUCUGGAUGUUGCUGGCAGCAAGCAUCUCUCCUUAUAUUGGAAUGAGCAGUAUCGGUGACUGUAAGCUAAAAAUCCGUUCCCGGCUGCAUCUCUCAGGACUCUUCCCUUCUGCCUACUGGUUUGGACAGGCUGCUGUGGACAUGCCCCUGAACCUGGUCAUCCUCUUGUGCAUGUCAGCACCUAACUACUUUUUGGCACUGAACAGGAUGAUGCUGCCAACUCGAAUCAUCUUUACACUGGUGGCCUGCAUUAUUGGCUGUACAGCUUCCAUAGUGAUGUUCAUGUAUGUGGUUUCAUUCAUGUCUCGCAAGAGGAGUAGUAGUGAUUUCUGGUGUCUGUGCUUCUUUGUCAUCUCUCUGUUCUCUUUUAUGCUCUUCCUGCAAUUCAACUUCCCUUCAGCCCUCAUGCUGUCUUGCAUUAUAUUGGUUCCUUUCUGCACACUGAUUGGCUGCACGAUCUUUUUCUUCCACCUCGCCAUUAUGUACUUGGAACCCCCAAACCUGAACGAUGAUACCUACAGUGAAAACAGUGACUAUUUUCUCCUGUUGUUAUUGCCCUGCCUCCACUGCCUCAUUUUCCUUUUUACCCUGCGCUGCCUGGAGGCUAAGGAAGGGAAGAAAAUGAUGACAAGGGAUCCUAUUUUCAGAAUUUACCCAAGAAGCAACAGUGCAUAUCCCAGCCUGGGAGACCCCGAGGGAGAAGAUGACGACGUUUUGGCCGAAAGAGCAAGAACGGCAAAUGCCUUGGAUUCUUCAGAUGCUCAGGAGAAACCAGUUAUCAUCGCUAGUUGUCUGUGCAAGGAAUAUGAAGUCCAGAAGAGAAAUUGCUUCUCGAAGAGAAAGAAGAAAGUGGCUUCAAGGAAUGUCUCUUUCUGCGUAAAACAAGGAGAGGUGUUGGGGUUGCUAGGACACAGCGGAGCUGGGAAAAGUACAUUGCUCAGGAUGAUUGUUGGAGAAACAGCACCUUCUGCAGGGAAGGUGAUACUCAAACAGAAUGAAUUAGUUUCUGGGAGUGUGCGGGGAGAUAAGGAGAGGAGAUUCCCUGGGUACUGUCCCCAGGCGGAAGCCCUUUGGCCAGACUUUACAGUGAGAGAACACCUGGAGGUAUAUGCAGCUGUGAAAGGAAUGACAAAGGAAGAUACCAGCGCAGCCAUAACAAGAAUUUCCGAGGCCCUCGAACUGCAAGAACAUCUGAAAGUUCCGGUCAAGAAACUGUCUGUGGGGAUAAACCGGAAGCUGUGCUUUGCUCUGAGCAUGCUGGGAAAUCCCACAGUCAUUCUUCUGGAUGAACCGUCGAUUGGAAUGGACCCAAAAGGGCAGCAGCAAAUGUGGCAGAUGAUCCUUGCGACCUGCAAAAGCAAGGAGAAUGGCGCCAUCCUGUCAACUCACAACAUGGCAGAGGCGGAGGCCGUGUGUGACCGGGUGGCCAUCGUUGUGGCGGGACAGCUACGCUUUAUUGGUUCCAUCCAACACCUGAAGAGCAAGUUUGGCAGAGAUUACGUACUGGAAAUGAAAGCGAAGCAGCCUGGUCAAAUGGAGGCUCUUCACGCCGAGAUUCUUAGGCUCUUUCCCCAAGCGGUCCGGAAGGAGAGGUAUUCCUCGCUGAUUGUCUACAAAUUACCCAUGAACGAUGUAUGCCCUCUCUCAUCGGCCUUUUUGAAACUGGAGGAAGUGAAACAAGGCUUCGACCUGGAGAAUUACAGCCUUUCUCAGUCUACAUUAGAACAGGUAUUCUUAGAACUCACAAUGGAACAGGACCCAGGAGACUUUGACGAGGAAUUGGAACCUACAGUAAAGUGGAAGCUCCUUCCCUCAGAAGACCCUUAGAGCCUAACUCUCUUCUUCUCUAAUUUACAUAGUGGUUCAGUACAUUAACAGUAAUUAUACUUGUAAACGGUCUCAAAGAAAACAAUAGCAUCAUGAAAUCUAUUUUAUAUUUUUACCAAAGGAUGGAUCAUAUUUAUCACAAUAAGAUAGACCCUGAGAUAAGUGCUUUUUUUCUGUUGGCUGGAGUGAAAGGAGCCAUCAGGACAGUAAGAGAAGAGGUAUAGAGGUUGGAGUGAUCCUUUGCAUUUUAAAUACCAUCCUGGCUAUAUAUUCUGCAUGAAAUGAAGCCAAUAAAAUACCAAUAUAAUGGACUUUCA